AUGGCAGACCUCUUGAAGACGAUCUGGGGCACGGGGCAGUCGCGCGCCUUCAAGGUGGGCUCGUGGGCGGCGGCGGCGGGCCUUGCCGUGGGCUGGUACCUCUACGACAAGAACAAGGAAGCGUCCUUCUCGACGACCGACGCCGACGCGUGGAACAAGGAGAUCCUUGCCAAGAAGCAGCAGCAGGCCAAGGACGCGGCCAAGUAA